CAUUCUCCACGAGCUGAUUUAUCCUCAAGCCGUGCGUCUUCCUGACUGCAAUUGACUCGGAAGGACUUUUAACCAUUCAGCAUUAUGAACUGUUCUUAUUAUGCUCACGAUCUGUAAGAAAACCUUCAUGUGGUACCUAGCUGCUUCUACAAUUUUAACGAACAUGAAUAACGCUGUUAAAAGUUACACUACAGCCUGCGGCCAGUGGUUAUUAAUGUUGAUUGAGACAGAAGUACCUGAGCUUACUUUAAAAGACUAUUGUUUUUCGUGUUCUGUUGAUACUUGUGUGAAUUUUAACAAUAGUCGAUAGCCGGCAUUAUACCUCUGGCUUACAGCCUUUGUUCUACACUGAUCUGUUGUUGAAGUAUGUUGAUUUCUUUCACAGUGAUGGCGAAGCAAGUACCCAGGAAGGAGGACAUGGUGACGCGGAUAAAGAAGUGUCUUACGCAGGAUAUCUCCAGGUUUGAUGAUCCCCGUCUAGAGUUUGGAAGUCUGUACGAAGGGAAACCACAAUGUUUAAUUUUUUUUUCGUUCUUUUUUCCGUCUUGCGUCUCGCCUUAAUGCAAAUAGCUUUUAAUACUAGAUCUAAGCAUAUUGAUCAACGCUGAUCAAGGCGGAUUAGUAUCAACUUAUAAUGUUCAAUUAAAAUUUUCCAGGGCAUAAAUGUCUCACUUUACAUUGUCAAAAUUAUGCUCUGUACAAAUAUUAAUUGAAAUAUCAAAUUAAGUAACAAUUAAUCAAUUUAAUUACAAUAUCUUUUAAAAAGUAAGGUGAAAUGAGAGUAGCAUUGCUGUUUCCGCCUUGCUUAUUCUAUAGCCAAAGCAAAGCAUCGGCCUUGUUGGCCCCUGCUUUGGCCAGAAAAUAAGAGUUGGGGUGUUCUCCACUGAAUGUAUCUUUAUCUGUAAAGUUAUUGAAGCGAACGAUAUGCCCCUUUUAAUCUCUUUUCUCUCCAUUUAAUUUUCUCUCCCUCUAAUAUUGUUAAUACGACUUUUACAGAGCAUAAUUUGACAAAAAUAAUGAAUGGAAUGUAAAUUGUGUGUAUCGUAAAUUUUGUAAUAUAUAGUUUUAGCCAAGGCUAAAAGCAAAGCUCACUGGGAACUUUUACGAAAUGUCUUUUGAAACGAAGUUUUCUGUGCCUGCGAUCACUCGAAUACCAAAACUGGUCAGUGGAGAAAUUUUCAAAAACACACGUCACCUCAAUUAGUUGUACAUCUGAGCCCGCGAUACCGUCAUGUGACACUGGUCAGCGGGUACCCUACUUUGACAGCUGUCAACUGAUCAUAAAAUGGAUGUCCAAUAUCAAGUUAAACACAAUUUGCAUACAGUGCCUAUACCUUGGACUAAAGACUUGCAGUAAGACAUUUCACAUCCGCUAUCUUGAAGGGGCGGACGGACGUUACGUGCAUAGAUAACAAAAUUUUGGAGCACAACUAAAUAGUUAACGAAAUGGUGCUCCGCUGCUUACGCUUCGUGCGAGAGCUUCGCUAAUAUGUUGAUUGAUAUUGUAAGUUGAUACUGGCCAUCAUCAUCAUCAUCGUCAUCACUCCUAUCUGUACGCGGUGCGUUACAGUUUUGUUGGAAGCAGUCUGUGACAAGUGGAAAGCGGAAGUGUCUUGUAUGUUUCCGGUUUGUUUUAACAAAAGAAAGUCAGGAAGUGGUUCAUCGAUUUUUUUUUUUUUUUCGGUGGGGGGGGAGCGUUUUUAAUAAAAUAAUUAUUCAAAUCGCAAAUGUUGGAUAUGACUGUGGAGAGGUGGCCGUAAGAAGAGGCCCAAAUGUAACUGGGGCAGAUGGAAGGAAGGAUGGACUGAAAAAUCAACUCUUGGACAUUCUAGUCAGAUUAUAAAGAAAUAACUUCCAACAAUUCUUAUCUCUUGCAGCUUGGCAAGCUUCUUGACUGUCAGAAGCCACGUGAAUCCACUGCUCAUGAUGAAUUGUUGUUCAUUAUUGUACAUCAGGGUAUUUUGACAAAUUUUGUUUAUACUUUUUAUUAACGAAUUGGAGGUCCACACCGUAAGUUGCAGAAGGAGUUUUCUUCAUAUCGGGUUUUAUGGCCCAGGUGCGAUAUGCAUGGAUCAGAAAACCUAUGGGCAGAACUUCUGAGUUCGGGAUUCUCAAUCUUAUUUCAGUCCUAAUUUGGUAUAUUCAAUGUUCUAAAUGUUUAUCUUGAUGAAAGAUAUUUUCCCUGUUUAUUUAUUUUUCCUUUCCAGUUUACGAACUGUGGUUUAAGGAGAUCAUUCAUGAGUUGGACUCUGUCAUGGAAAUCUUUGAGACACUGGUUAGUUGAUAGUUAAAGAAGCCAAAGCUUUGAACAAAUGGUCAAAAUGAGAGAAAAACGGCUUAAACUGAAAAAGCUGGAAAAUCUUUUUCUUAAUUUAGUCGUUCAUCAUUAACUUAAAACAAGGCAGUUUACUUUUUCAACGUUUUUGCUAUGAAACCAGUGAAGGAAGAGUCUUACAUUGACAUUUAGAAUAUACACACACUCGGUGAUCUUUGUGUUUUAAGGGAUCUGAUUGGUUCGCUAUCUCGGACUAUUCACCUCCGAGCGAGUUGAUAAUACGGGAGUUCGGUAUUUUAAUUUCCAAUAUUUUAGAGAACGAUCGUUCGAAAUUCUACAAAAUCCUAGGGUUGAUAUUUUUUACACAGGAGACGACUUUGAAGGAUUCGAAACGGCGUAUUCCAUUCACUUAAGUUAAUUUUUUUUCCUUGAUGGAAUGUUUACAACAACUGUUUGUUCGAUUAGAAGAAGUCGUUUUGUAAACUCAGCGUUUCCUAACAUGAAAAUUUUUGCCAAAAAUAUUCAUCUACUAUUCAUCUCGAUUUCCACGAAUAAUUGUUAAAUGUAUUUAUCAUUCAUUCAAAAUAUUUCUCGUUUCUGAUUGGCUUCAAUCCUCUACUCGGGCUAAUUCUUCAUAAUUAACGGGCGCUAACCAUAUUUGGAAGAUGCGAGCAAUAUACCAUCGAUUUGAUGGUAUAUUUGAUUGGAAACGAGGCUGCGUGGGUAAUAGACGAUUGAUCAACCUCGUUUCCAGGAACAGCCUCCUAGCAGGUUAUUCAAGAGUGAACUAAAAUAUAUGGCAUUCACAGCUAUCUGAAGAAGAAAUAGCUGAAUUUCUGACUAAAACCGGACGGAAGAAAUGCAAGUAUACGCAAAACAUAUUAGCUGUGGUCACACUACGGACUUUUACGUAGGGCAAAUUCAUCAAAAAUCUCCCGAGGUAAAUUCAUCUCGGGUUUUGUUUUACCUAGGUAAAAAUUCUGGGAAGGUCACACUAUUGAUAUCGGCUUCCAAAGUUUUCACGCCAGUUGAAUUUUUUGGAGCGUAUAAAUUCAAGAAGGCAAAAUGCACAGGGAUCUAGCUGAUCAAAGAGACGUAAUUUUCUUUUAUCUCGCUGUUAUUUCUUACGUUAAUUCAACGUGCAAGGUGAAGAAAGGCGAAGACGUAGACGACUCGUGCCCCCAAAAUUUCUUUCACAGGGUGAUCUAUUUCCGGUUCUGUCAUCAAGACCUUCGCCGAUGAGCGUCUAUUGGCUAGCAAGCUCGGUAUUUCAUUUUUCCCUAGCUAUUGCUUUGGGGUAGCUGUCAAGGUAAACUCUAUUGUUUUCGAGACAUAUCCAAGACCCAGACAAUAAAAGUUCCCCGAGGUAAGUUACCCAGGGAAAAAUCGGUCACACUUAAAAAAUCAAGUUUCCCUAGGUAAACUAUCAUCAAGUCGUGUUUACCUACUGGGUAAAAAGUCUGUAGUGUGACCACAGCUAUUGCUCGUCUACCUUUCAAGAAGUAUCUGCAAGAAGAAAAAAAACAUCUGUUUAUAUCCUGAAACCGUACCGAGAAAUAAGCCAAAGUUUAUAGAGGAAAGUCUACGAGGAGAUAAGCUUGUUAAGAACUUAGAAAAAUUUUGAAUGACUAAUAAAACAAUUAUUUAAUUCGGCUUUCGUAUGAUGUGAAGAAUUAUGCAGAUCUCGGAGGAUGUUAGGCUUUCUGCCUUGGUGGAUAGCAUCCUCCGAGAUCUGCAUAGUUUUCCACAUCCUACUCAGCCACAGUCAAUAAUUGCUUAUUUUAUGUAUACGUAUGACACUGUGCAAGAUUUUCUAGUUCGUAAUGAUACAUUGAUAUGGUUGUUGUUCUUGCAAAGUAUGAUCCGUUUGUAUGAUUUCUAGGACUGCAACAAGACGCAAAAUGUUUACUGAAGCAAAAACUUAAGACAGACGAGAAGUUCCAUAUUCUAUACUGGUUAUGUAGUGGUAAACGCAAGCUACGGGCAAUUCUAUUUCCUUUUUAAUUAUGACUCAACAAAUUUUGUCUCAUUUAAUUAGGAUAUGGAAGGAAGGAAGAUGCUUGUUUUAAGUUCAAGACUUAACCGCAUUUUGAAGAUCCAAAACGUGAGAUAUUUUAUUACUAUGGGAUACUUUUUAUGAAAAUUUAAUGUCUUAUUGCGGGUGUCGGUGGUGAACACACACCCUGUCAUUCUCAGAGAGAAGUUCGUAUGCUCGCAUGUCAACCUUAGAGUAUAUACGUAUAUCAGUCUUUACUGGUUCUUUAGCACUGCUGAUGUGCCUUGCCAAUGCUAAGUCUGAAUUUUAAUUAUUUGGAACUGGCCAAUUUAUCCCUGCCCUCCUUGAGAAGAUUCAACCCCAUUUUAUUCAUGAGAUAAAAAGUCAUGACGUGAUCAAUAUGAAUUCAUUCCACUCCAAAUUUAUUAAAAUUUACUGCAAAAAAGUUUUGUUCGACACCUAUUGUACUACUUUUUGCACUUUGGGUGUCAGCUGGAAUAUAUUACGGUCAUAAUAAUCACUGUAUAAAAAGUGUUAUCAGCAUGCCCUAUUCUGCUUCGCAGCAGUUUUUAUGUCGUCACGCAAACGCUCCUGUGGGGAGGAGCGGCACAAAGAACGGCUGUGGAGCAGGCUAACUUGGCCCUUGAUGAGAAACUGAAAGAGUUUUAAAGCUGCAAUGUGACAUUUGAAACCAGUUCUUUCAUACGCCGGACAAUUUUUUAAGCUCCUGAUGAACUCCGCAGUAUUUUCAUGAAUUCCUUCCUAAGGUCUGCGGCUGAUUAUUCUGCCUUUACCUGCCUGUGACAUUUCAUUCUCAGUUGUUAUCCCUGUGGUUUGGCGACCUUUAUUUUUCAAACUAUCCAUCGAUUCAUUCGUUUUGAUAGUUUAACAACGUUCUUUUGAGCGCACCGACGUGUCCCUGCGGCGCUUGGUCCACUGUUGAUCCUUCUUCAUACAGACUUUGAACACAGCGUCGGCUUGGACGGGUGUAACUCACAGUUGCAAUAUUGACCCACAUACAGCUAUUUCGAUAAAGGUUGUCGGAAAAAAUGUGGACGCUACAAUCCCGAAAGGUAAUAUGGGAUAUGAUCAACACGCUGUUUCUGACACUGUAGCUGUCGAACCUUCUAUUGUUGCUUUCCUUUAGCACUGACAAACAUACGUCUAUGGCCUCUCGUGCCAUUCUUUCAAAUUUCUUUGAAGAACAAUGAACUCAAAACCACCCACAAUACCUUUCGGAAUUGUCGCGUGCCCUUUUUUCGACAACCUUUCUCGAAAUAGCUCUAUACUAUCAGGUUUCACUUACGAAAUGCCUUCACAAGAGUCCAUCCAGACUGUCAUUAAGUUUUUGAAGCAGUGUUAGUACAAAAAUCAAAAACGUAAGCCAGUAACUUCUCAAAAAGUGUGUGGUCUCUUCUUUGGCUUCUAUUAACCCUAUCUAUUAUUACCCUUUAAUUUAGGUGAACACAGCUGAUACAGAUGUGACUGGUUACAAUCCUUACUGACUGCCCAGGAUAUCAGUAUGUCCAGUGGCAGAAGUUCAUAAGUUGCAUUAAGAAUUAUUAUAAGUUAUGUUUUGAGCCAGAUUUGCUUAUAAUUGUUGUCUUGGGUAUUUUCUCAACUUUAAUUACAGCUGCUACGUGACCAGGUCGUGAUUAUGGAAACGAUGACCCCAAUGGAUUUUAUGAAAUUCAGGUCAGUUACUUAUGAAUUGUCGCGUAUCUGAGAUUCAGCAAUGGGUCUCUAAUGCCCCGUUAUAUGGAGAAAACCUGUCCAGAGUAGAAAGGUCACCCCCCGCCCCCUCCCAGCAGAGUCGACUUUAGCGAGAGUUUAUAUGGGAAAAAAGUUGACUCCUUUGCAUGAGCCAACAGCGCUCGCGAAUGCUCUGAUUUUUAGGGACAUAAAGAUUCAACGACGCGACGGCAACGAGAACGUCUAAAAAAUCAAUAGGUUUAAUAAGCAAAACAACAACUUUGCACGUGCAUCACACUUUUUUGUACAUUUAUUUGCCCUUUUUGCACGACUACGACGAGAAAAUGCUUGAUUUCGAGUUUUGUGGAGAACGUACACAAGCAACGACGAAAUUUUAUUUCGGCUUUCUGAACUUGAAUGGUCCCUUGGAAUUCAUCUUCAGGAGGGUUGACCUACAUUUGACGAAGUAAGUAAGUACGAAUAAUCGCGAUGAAGACCGAAAGAAGGCAAAUUCACUUUUUAAGCGACUUUCUUAUUGCUGUCGCGUCGUUGGAUAUUAAAUAGAUGUCUUGAAAACAAAGACCCCCUACCAUAAAUGACUCUGAAUUUUAUUGAUUAGGGUUAGGAAGUCCCAUUUACGUCAACCUGAUUCUCUCAGUUUUCUAACAGUAAUCAAUAAAGUUCAGAGUCAUUUAUGGUAGAGGGUUUUAGGGGUCUUAGGGGCCUUAGGGGGUCUUUGGGGUCUUUGUUUUCAACGCGCCCGAUCUUAAAGUCCCUAUUGUCUCACCUUGACCGGCAGUGCGAGUCAAAUUGGUGAUGGAGAAGAGUUGGACGGCUAGGAGGUUGACCCUACAAUCACAAAAUGGUGCCCCCCGGUCAACUUUUUGUUUUUCUUGCAAAGGGUUCGCCACGUUUUGUAAGUAAAAGUAUGAAAAGUUGGCUCGCCCGGGGUAGCUAGGGUGGCCCGUCUACCCGGAAAAACUUUUCUUCAUAUAAACGGGGCCUUUGUUAAAGCGAUUUUCGUAUGACUUUGGAAAAUGGUUUCGGUAAGUGUUCAUUAUUUGUUUUAUCAGCCAAUGGAUGAAAAGAUCACAAAAUGGACUCUUCGUUUUCCCGCCAAAGAAGACCCUAAUAUGGAGAAGACAUUGUUAGAUUGGCCAAUCGUAUGACGUGAUCAUGAAAGCAAAGGAUCGGUUGAUUCCUAGAAAGUUCACCAGAGCGUUCGCUUAACCAACCAAAGGCCACGCGCGUUUACAUCCGUUCGAUAAACCAGUCAAAUCGCUCUAUUUCCGUUCGUUUGUUGUUUCUGUUAUGUUCAGGAGUUUUCAUUUCAAGGUCAUACGAAAAUCGCUCCAAGGAAAUUUUUUUCAAUUGCAGAGAUCACUUGGUUCCGGCUUCUGGGUUCCAUAGUCUUCAGUUUAGACUGAUUGAGAAUAAACUCGGAAUUAAGAAGGUAUGAGACCCAUCAACUUCAGACGCACUGCUCAAGCUCAAUAGAGAGCUUUAGAUUCGCAGGACUAGGACGACGACGAGUACGAGAUAAUAUUAAUUUGAUUGAUUGAGCUACUACUAGGCUAUAUGUUAUAGCCCACUAGUAGCGAAAAGCACGGGCUUUUUUGCGGCAAAAAAGGAUUUAAGUCUAGCUUUAACUAGCUGAAAGUUUUUAUUCUCGAUAUUUUUUACCAACUAGUUGGAUUUUACUAAGACAAUUAUUUCUCUCGCCCUCAUGGCCUCCGAGUCAAUAGCCCAUUCGGGCUCAACGAAUAAUUGUUAAGUAUUUUUUGAACCAAGACCGUAUACUGAGGCUGGAAAACAGCUUCCACUAUAGAGCGGCAGUUUUCUGGAAUACUUCCAUCAAACACACUGUUAAAAUACAGACAAGCUUGAAGUCAUUUAUCUCACAUUUGUAAUUUAGUACCAUUUUAAUAACUAUAUUUAUCUAAUGUUGUUUUAUUGCAUGAAUUUUUGCAAGGCUCUCUGAAAGAGCAUUUUUAUGAAUGGGAUUCCGUGUUUAAAUAAAGAUGAUUGAUUGAUUGAUUGAUUCGCGUGAGCCAGCGUUAUUUUGGCGGGAAAACAUUAUAACCAUUGUCAUUCUACACCGGGAUUUAGCGAGAAUGUCGUAGUUGCGGGAACAAUUCAUCAAAUGUAAGAAGUUAUCAUUUUACGAUCGGAAGUGGGCUUAACCUCCUUCAGUAUAAAUAACCGUACUAAUUUUUUUGGUGAAAAAAAGUUAAAUUAAGUAAAAUCUCGCACUCGUACUUGUUCUCUUCCUCAAAUCUAAGGCUCGCUAAUUUUCAAGCAAUAACAAAAAUCAAAGUUUCACUUUGAGAACCAUAGAAAAAGCAGCCAGCACAAAUGUCAAAAAGAAUUGUCGUCUGCAACCCAUGGAUCCAACAUGUUGAUAAGUUGGAGAAACAGAAAAACAUGUCGCAACGUGUUCAUCUGUUGCUCAGGCUUUAACAAACAUUGUUGGAUGCAGCAUGUUGGACGUGAUGAUGUUUGGCAGUUACCGGAUAUCGUUUAAAACACCAUGCGACAAUCUUAGAAGAUGAUGGGCUAACAUGUUGGAUUCAUUACAACGUUAUGUGUUCGGCGUAAGACCAGACACACGAAGCUUUCUGUUUGUCAUUUUAGUUGUACUAUAGCAGUUAAGAAGAGAACUAAUAGUUCGUCUUGACAAGUAAUUUCUUCUUCAGACUGACAGGGCUUAAGACUUAACUCAUUUCUCACUUGAACUUGACGAAAUAUACACACUUAAACAGCUGAGGUAGAAACUUUCGCCAACGUUCGUCAGUCUCAGACUAAUUCUACUUCUUUAGAAUUAAUAAAAACAACCAUUUCUGGCGAUUCACUGCGAUAAUGACUGUGUUCGUCCUGUUUCCAUUGCAGGAUCAAAGAAGUAAAUGCAAAUCACAGGAAUACAGGUCUGAUUGAAAAAAUUAUCUUUACCUGAAUAAAUAAACUGUAAUUUUCCACGAUCAAUAUUCAUAUUUACAUUAGAAUCACUUGUUUAGUUUAUUGAAAGAUUCACUGCUCGUCUCGCAAGUUUACAAACGGAUAAUUUUGUCAAAUAAUAUGAUGAGAAGGUGCUGAUCAAUAAAAUAUAAUGAUAUGAUGAACGCAAGAUAAAAGACAGUAGUCUUGAAGCAGAACAGAGAAGGACAGCAAUACUGACAACUAUGGCAUGGCAUAGAUACAGUAAAAUUCCGAAAAUAAGCCCCUCCAUGUAUAAGCCUCUCCAAAUAUAAGCCCCCCAAACUCGUAACGCAAAAAACCUUCCGUUAAAUCGCCCCUCCAAAUGUAAGCCCCCCCCCCCUCCCCGGGGGGGGGCUUAUACUUGGAAAUUGCCCUCAAAUGCAAAGUAAAAAAAGCAAAAACGGUAAAUUUCCUUUCAGGUAUAAGGCUAGCCCAAUCAAUUUUGAAACGCAAAUUUCCCCCAGUAGAUAAGCCCCCCUCCGAUCCCCCCCCCUCCCCACACCGAAUAUAAGCCCCUCGAAAAGGGCCUUUGAAAAAUAUUAGCCCCGGGGCUUAUUUUCGGAAUUUUACGGUGUCAGUCUUUUUUUUUAUGACACAAUGCUCGAUAAAGGAAGCGCAAGUACGUAUUGCAGACCUACAUCUUCCCCUUUUUGCAUAAGCAUUUUUUUCAGUUUCACUUGGGGCCAUUUUAGCUCCCAAGGGAAGCUCUAAGAGAAACUGAAAACAAUGCUUAUCUUAAAUUUGGGGGUCACAAGCAAAGAGCAUUAUGGUAUGUUAUGGUAUUUUCUGGAGUGGUCAAUGGAAAAGAUAUAGGUCUGCAAUACGUAAUAAGUUCUCACUUUCAGUCAGCUUUAUCAAGGCGGAUGGCCGCUAUUUAGUGUCUACAUGUGGGAGGUGUCGGCCUCUAAAUGAGAGUCAAACGAUAUGACUUAAGAAUGGCACUGGCCUUUUCUAUGUGUUUGUCAUAAGGAGAUGUCAGGGAGGAUGGAUUGUAUUUGCAGGCGGCUGCUCAAUAUAAUUACAGUCUAUAGAGAGGAGAUGUCGUUACGUCAAGUUGCCAUGGUAGCAAAAUUUCUGGAUGACAACAAACCACAACGUCACUUAAAAAGUGGAUUCGCACUGUUUCAAACUUCAUCGAUCUUAUUUAGUUUCAUUUAAUUUGUCAAAUGUUGGCGAAAUUUUCUGGGUUAAAUCCAAAAGGACCUUAGAAAAAGAAAAAGGAAAUUUUUGUGUUGUGCUCACCUACUCCAUAGAGCGGGCGCUUGAAAUUAGGAAGUUUCAUGUCGCAGUCGUGCAACAACGGCAAAGAAAUGUACAAAAAAGCGUGAUGCACGUGAAAAGUUGUUUUUUUUUUUGCCAAUCUAAACCUAUUGUUUGUUUCCUGUUCGCCGUAGAGGUGCAGAAACUCCCUGUUGUUGUGAUCCAAAAAUUUUGCUACCAUGGUGAUGCGACGUCACACUUCUCCUCUCUAUUGUAGAUACGUUAGUUCUUUGCUGCAAUUUAACAUGUGUAAAUUUCUAGAAGUCAAUUUGACUCCGGUGAUAGAAAAAUUCUUAAACAGUCAGAAGAAGAAACAUCGUUGCUGCAGCGCGUCCAGGUUUGUUUAAAACGUCAAUCAAAUUUUCCAUUCAGCCUGACAAGGCAAACUUGUCUUAAGGAUUUUGUUUUUCUAUAUAGAGAUUAUGAAUGCAUUUGAAACUGUGGUUUAUUCGCCAUGUGGAACUACGUCCUUCCUUUUUCUUCUUUUUUAUAUUGCAUUUCCCUUGGAUAUGUUUGAAGGGCUUUUUAAUCUGAGGACAACAAAAAAAUGGCAUCCCGAAAGAUUGCUAAAACUCUUUAUGGUGAACCGAUAUCUUGGGCCAUGCUGUGCAGCCUGGCCCUCUUAUCGUGACGUCACUCGUUAGUAGAGCUACCACGCUAAUUUUUUAAGGCCACGUUAACAAAGUUUGAUUACGAGAGUACACCGAUAUAACGUAUUCAAAUUGUAAAUAAACAAUACAUUUUUAUUAAGGGAUGGGACAAAUUAAGCCAACGGCCACACUCUGUGGGAAACCGCACGAGUCCGAGGAUGCUCACCAAAGCCAGAUAAGAUAUGGCGAAGGCAAAGCUCAAAAAAAGACAUACGCUUAAGCAUAGAAACACUAGGCCAUGUCUAGCAUGUUUCCGUUCUGAAAUAAUAAUAAUAAUAAUAAUGAUAAUUGUGGGAUAUGAUAAUAAUACCCCCUUUUUCAGCCCCUGUAUUCGGAAAGCUGAACACUUCAACUGUGUGUGAAAAACACAAACAGGUAGCAAAAGACAAUGCUAUCUUUAUACUAAUUGUGACUCGAAAAAAUAACUUCUUCUCCGGAAUGAAUUUGUUCUGUAAAAUUUUCUUCCGUCUUUCGACAGGAAUGGUUGGAACGGACUCCUGGUCUUGAGAUCUUUUGGAAGAAAUACAAAGAAAGCAUCCAAGACAUGUUAGAUGCCAUGGAGGCUGAGGCUAAGGUAGGAGGAGUGUUCUUCUCACUGUCUCUUGAAAUGACACGAAGAAGGAUAUUUACAUUUCGUUAUCUCAUUUUUUAACUCAACAAUCAUGUAAUUGUUUUCCAUCCCCCUUCACAUCGUUUGAAAUGACCCAGUGUAUCUUUGCGAGCCCUUCCACUCAUAGACGUUCCUGAAAAUUAAACUGCCGUAGCUACUGAAGGAGUCAAACGUGUUGGGAAGGUUAACGCUUUUCCCCUCUUCUGAUUGUUUCUCUCCACCCCCCCCCCGUCACCCCACCCAUCCCACCCCCUGGAUCAGCGUUGUGCACAAGCGGACUCCUUGAAAUCAUAUUUGGGCUCCAGAUGAAAGGGAACGAGGGGGAUCCCUGAAAGAAUAACAGAUGAUGUCGAUAAGCUGGGGUGCUUUAGCAUUACUCUAAUGAUUUUUUAAAAAACCUUUCCAACAACCAUCUAGAUCAGAAAAAACAAAAUGAUCCCAAACUUUCCUUUUAAUUUGUUUUUGGUUUUGGGCGUGCUCAUUAUGGAAAAAAAAUGUAAGGAAAAAAUCUGAUAUGGUUAACUUCGACCUCUCGUUAUUUCUCUGUUAUUUCUCUUGUCCGAGUCGACUUGCGAUUUUUUACUUUCAAGACUUUUAACUCAAUUAAUAAAGGUCUUCAAAAUUUGAAAAACAAAAGAAAAAUUAAAAAGAAAUUUAAAGCAUGCGGUAGAAAGUCUAACUUAUCAGUCAAAUUGGCCAUUCCAAUAACGUCCUACUUUUGUGCGUAUAUUUCUGGACCGUUUGAUAAAAUUACUGUCACAAUCGGUACAAGGAUGGUGCUUCCCAGAUCGAUAUGAACUCAUUAUAUAACACUUGUUAUGUACUUUGUUUUUCGAGUUGGAUGUACUAGUGUUAGACUGAUUUCGCAGCCAUGCAAGCCUUCCGCCCCUUAUUCCUCUUAGGCCAUCAAGUCUUUUUAAAAAGUUGCUUUCUGUCACCUGAAAAAUAUUUGAGGUCAGGGUUAUCUUAUUCCUAGUUUGUGCCCAUUUAUACGAGGAUUUAUUUAAAAUAGAGAGGGCUUUUUGUUACAUUUUAAUAUGUAAUUUUACAUGAUGAUCACAUCUUUUUUCGUAGACCUUGGAAGAAGUCAACAAACAAAAGGUAAAUGAAAGAGAAACACAACAGCCUACUAAACAGGGAGGGAUUUCAAAUGCUUUCCAAACGUAUGUCCAAUCACGUACUAAAUUCGAAUGCAGUUUUGGAGCUUUUCUUUUAAGGGACAAAGGGAGCUUAGGCACCCGUACUGGUUCUUUUUCGCCUCAAUGCGUCAUACUAAAACACAGUUUUCUUUCAUUGACAGAAUCACUUUGAGACAAUCCUUUGUGAAGAGAAACACAACCAGCGUAUUGCUAGAGGUAUGUUUUGUGAACGUGAUACUUCUUGUUUUGAUUCAUUCAUAAGCAGCGUAAGAGCUUGUUGCUGAUUUUUCGUCCAUAGCACAGUACGUUUCCAUAAGUGAGGCACUUUUUUCCCCUUUGGAGUAAACCCAAAAAAUCGUGUUCUAUGCAAUUCGAUUCUAACUGAGUCAAGUGAUUAUUAGUGUCUUGGGGGUGCAAGCAUUCCAUUUCUCAAAUCUCCUUUGUUAUGGGGGAUUUAAUGGCCCUCAAGGAAAAGGACGAUAUUGACAAGUUGCCAUAGCAAUCCGAACUGAUGCUUUUUCAACAGACAACUCAAGAAAAGUGUUGCCCCAAUAUAUAAAGUACUAAAUGAACAUUAACUGCAAAAGACCGCAAACGAAUAUGCCGCAGAACGCAGGUCUUAAGAAGUCCUUAUCAACUGUCUAUUUAGCUACUUGCCUCAAUAUGUUAUAAAUCGUGGAUAGAGUAGGGGUGGUGAGAUAGGUCUAAGCACGCUUGAUCUCGAUAGACGCAGAAAAUGUGGGUGCCCAAUAACUAGUAAGAACUCGGACCAAAGCUGUAGUCUCAUACCAAAGAGAACAACGCAAUAGAACUGAAACGAAAUGUUCAACCCCCGGGGGAAACUCCAAUUAUCAUAAAAAGGAACGGAAUUCCUGUCAUUUUGCUAAGGAAUGUAGAUUGCAGAUUUUGGUCUCACUUAGGGUUUUCAAGACAUAAUGCCAAUAUUUUUGUCCGUAAAGGUAUUACUUAGCGUUUUGCGUUGGCAAAUUUCCAAACAAAAAAAGCAAAUGCCGUCUAUGUUGGAGUAUGAUCUCCUUUAUGGGUCUGAGACACGUCCAAUCUUGUCCGUAGGGUUUUUUUUUUUCAUAAAACACGGGACUGUCCUGGGGACGAGGUUGAGCCACACCCAGAUUGGUCCCCCUUAGGAGUUCAAUUCUAUUUCUUUUUUUGAGCAUCCCCGUCACUCCCAGCCCCCCCAACUCCCCUCCACCACCACCACCACCACCACCACCACCCUCACGCGGGGAUGUUUAAAGGUUUACUGACUACAGUGAGAUACACUUCAAGCGUAAGUGAACAUUUAUAUAGGAGUCACUCCCCCCCCCCGGAUGUUAAAAGGUUUACUGAAUACAAUGAGGUACACGUCAACCAUAAGUAGUUUUAACAUGGGUUGUUUGUUCAUUAUUAGGUGAAAGAAGGUUCUCUCACAAAGCCAUACAAGGAGCACUGAUGAUCUUCUUUUACCGGUAAGAUACGCUCAGUGGAGUUUCUUCAUCUUUGACAGUUCCCCUUCGCUGGGGCCCAGGGUAAAAUCGAAGUAAAAGAUCUAGAACGCUUUUUCUUUCCCGGCGUGAUAACCCACGCGGGAUCAUGUGUGUCACGUGAUACGAAUGGACCAAUCAGCGUUCGAGUUGAAAAUGACGAUAGUUUAAUUGACGGCUGAGCGAUGCAUUAUGGGAUACAUGGGACAAAGAUUGUGACGUCAUCAUUUUCAACUCGAACGCUGAUUGGUCCACUCGUGUCAUGUGACCCGUAUACUCGAUCCUGGUUGGUUACUGGCGGAAGUUACGCCCUUUACUACUCAAGUUGGGGAUCAGGAUUAGCAGAUAAUAACGGUUGGGAUUACGGGAUUGAGAGAAAAUUUUAAGCCUGCUUAACAAGCGUUUCCGAGCGAGUUCGUCGAGAAAGAUGGAAGGAGACAAGAGAGACUCAAUUUGCAAUUCUCGCUCGGAAACGCUUGUUUUGUCCAGGAUGAAAGGACUGAAAAAGCCUAUAGGGAACCCUCUUCUUACCCAUCUUUGUUUCAAGAGUCAUUUGGCCUUUGUAUCUGUUCAUCCUCCAGGGACGAGCCUGGAUUCAGCUUGCCAUUUCAAAUCCUUCAGUUGCUCAUGGAUAUUGACUCACUUCUGCUCAAGUGGCGCUGUAAGUUUUUUAUCAGCAAGUAUAACUAGUUACAAUUAAUCUUUUUUUUCCUUCCCUUUUCCCUUUGCUUUUUGUUUUUGUUUGUCCCUUAUUGCAAAUGUUGGUGGAUAGCCCUUUCCUUAAGCUUCACUAGGUUCCGCGGUACACUACCUCUGGUAAGGGAUUUCAUGGGAUAAAUUUGAAAAAAUGCGCUGAACAAGUUGUACAUGCCUUUUCCAGCAUUGUGAAGAUCUAAAAAAUUGGGUGUAGUAAAUACUUUUCCCUUAAUCUGCUGUUCAAAUUGCUUACUAAUUAGAUACGAUGGUCGUUAUUAUUAUUUGACAGACGAUCAUUCCAUGAUGGCUCAGAGGAUGAUCGGAAGUAAAGUGGGCACCAUGGGUUCAUCUGGUUAUCAGUACCUUAAAUCCACGGUCAGGUUGGUUUAAGAGAGAGUAGAGAACUUAAGGCUUUGUACACGCUAUACAGGAUAGCAUUUCGUAUCGACACAAGGGGCGGACGGAGCGAUUUCGUGAUAGAGGGAGCCUAGAGAUAUAGUACUGACAGUGGCAAUAUGGGCGCGAUAGCGCCGAUCAGGACUGCGAUCGGCGCACUUUCCCAGGGAGUUCCGGGGGCAUGUUCCUCCAGGAAAAUUUUUGGGAUUGAAGUUCUCUGACAUGCAAUCUAGUGCAUUCUGGACGCUUAGAAUUAGCGAAUGCCUGGAUUCCAUAUUGAACAUGUAAUGCUGAAAUAUUGAAUAAAACACAAAAGGGGGGCCGAGGCCGCGUGGGCCCACCACUAAAUCCGCCCUUGGACACGAAAUGCUAUCCGGAACAGCAAUGACAAGCAAUCUUCGCCUGGGACUGGAACAAGUCUUUCACACACACAUAUACACACAAACACAUCCACACCUAACACCGUGUCGGAGCAGGUGGCCAGAGAGGGUUUUGGUGAACUAAAUACCAGUCCUUACUACUGAAUAUUUACUUCCGUCUCAGUGGGUUCCAUUCCUUGCCACUACUCAGUGGCGGAACCGGGGGAGGUGCCCGGGGGCCCACCCUCCCCCCUUAUUUUUAGACCAAACUGAGGCCCCAAAGGGCCGAAAAAAAUUUUUUUUGAGAUAGCCCCCCCCCCCCACCUUAUCUCAGGGUUUGGAUGAACGCCCCCCUCCCCCCUUAUCUGAAGGUCUGGAUCCGCCGCCGCUACUGACUUACUCGUUCCCGCUACGGUGCAAAUGCCUGUUCAAACUGCACCAAAGUGUGGCUCAAAACCUAUCCAGUAUGUGACGCUCCACUUUCGAACUCGGCGCGUCGCAGCGUCGUUCUGUUACAAAAUUCGCGCCGAAAUCAUACCUUUCCGGUAUGGUUUUUGUGCUGGGGCAAGAGCUAAGUGUGAUCAAAGCCUUGAAUAGACCUUGUCACGGUUUUCGACGCCAUCUUGACGAGUAGUCGUCCUCUCUGUUUAUUCCCUGUGGCUGUAGAGUUUGUGUCUUUUCAAUGUAAAAACGUUCGCGCGCUCCACGUAUGGAUUCUCUUUUGGUUUUGAUAAGUUCGAGUGGGAUCAGUUCGAUGUCUUAAAGUUGGUGUCCGGGUUGAUUAAAAUGCUGUGGUACUGGGUGGUCAGUUUUGUUUUGUAUCGCUCUGCGGUGUUCUCCAAACCUGUCUCUUAAGGCUCGUUUAGUCUGUCCGAUGUAUUCCAUUGGUGUGUUUGUUUUACAUUUACGACAUUGGAUCAUAUAAAUGAGAUUUUUAGAAGCACAUGUUACCGUCUGCUUGAUAAGGUGAGUUUGGCCAGUGUUUUUGAAUGUACAUGAUGAUAUACCGUCUUUAAUGAAGGGACAGGUUUUGCAUCUGAUGGAGUUGCAUUUCUUUAUGGAAGGUGCGUUUGAAGUAAAUGUCUUUGACUUACUUUUGAUCAAAAUUUAUCCUGCGAACAGGCUCCCAAGUGAAGCGGGGCGAAAAGAAAAUUGGCGAGCGAAGCUAGGCCUGGAGCUUUUUUUGUCCCCCAGGCCACGGCGAUUUUUUUUGUCGCCCCGCUCCACUUGGGUAGCCUGUGUACAGACCACCCCUCCCCCUUCUCCGAUUUUUACUGAGGAGAGGGGGGGGUCUGUACACAGGCUCCACUUGGGAGCCUGUUCACAGGCUAACCGAAAAGGUGCCUCUUUUAUAUAACUACCAUAUUAGAAAAUAUAGACAAGCAUGCCAUCCUUAUACUGAAAGAAGCGCUUUGUUCAAUAGUUCAUAACUGAGUGACUUCAACCGAUUGGCCUCUUUAGUAAGAGUCAGCCAUUAAAUUCACUUUUUUAUAGUCUUAAAACAUCCGAUUGUCUCAUUAAAUGAGCAUAACACGUUGUAAUUAACUCCUGGAUAUCCCUAGUGAUCGCUACAAGGUGUUUGUGGAUUUGUUUAACCUGUCCAACUUCUUCAUACCACUUGAUCGAAUCCCGGAACUGAGUUCUUCCAUUAAAGAGGGUCUGGAUCCAGCGUUGUUGAUGAAUGGCAACCUUAACAAAGACAACAGUACCUUGCGCAGCGUCAACGAUAAAGAGGAUCACGUGACAAGUAGUGACUGCCAAGGUUAA